GCGUCCCGCCCCACCCCUGGGCGGGCCGCGUCGGGUCACGGGUUAGGGGGCGGGCCGCGGGGCGGGGCUGAGGCGGAAGUGCCGGUGAGGGGCUGUGCCUGUCGCUGUUCCGCCGCACCAGCCUUCCUCGGACCCGAACUGCCCUCGUCCCGCCUCUCGGGCCCCCGCGGGUCAGUGUGCGGGGACUUCUGCCCCUGCCCACGAGCCUGGGCCGGGACCAGUAGGGUCUCCUGCUGCAGGCCGGUCUGUGCUGUGGGCCAUGGUGGCUCUGUGGGCCCUCACUCUGGCCUUGGCCUCAGGCCUGGCUGCUACCAGCCCACCUAACAUCGUGCUGAUCUUUGCUGAUGACCUGGGCUACGGAGACCUGGGCUCCUACGGGCACCCCAGUUCCACCACCCCCAAUCUGGACCAGCUGGCCGCAGGGGGUCUGCGGUUCACCGACUUCUAUGUGCCGGUGUCUCUGUGCACACCCUCCCGGGCUGCCCUCCUGACCGGCCGACUCCCAGUUCGGAUGGGCCUGUACCCUGGCGUUCUGGAACCCAGCUCCCGAGGGGGUCUUCCCCUGGAGGAGGUGACCCUGGCUGAGGUCCUUGCUGCCCGAGGCUACCUCACAGGGAUGGCUGGCAAGUGGCACCUUGGGGUGGGGCCUGAGGGGGCCUUUCUGCCCCCCCACCAGGGCUUCCAUCGAUUCCUGGGCAUCCCAUACUCCCAUGACCAGGGCCCCUGCCAGAACCUGACCUGCUUCCCGCCGUCCACCCCCUGCGACGGCAGCUGUGACCAGGGCCUAGUCCCUGUCCCGCUAUUGGCCAACCUGUCGGUGGAGGCGCAGCCCCCUUGGCUGCCUGGACUUGAGGCCCGCUACGUGGCCUUCGCCCGUGACCUCAUGGCUGAUGCCCAGCGCCAGGGCCGCCCAUUCUUCCUGUACUACGCCUCCCACCACACCCACUACCCCCAGUUCAGUGGGCAGAGCUUUUCGGGGCACUCAGGCCGAGGGCCAUUUGGGGACUCCCUGAUGGAGCUGGAUGCAGCUGUGGGGGCCCUGAUGACAGCUGUGGGGGACCUGGGGCUGCUCGGAGAGACACUGGUCAUCUUCACUGCAGAUAACGGACCCGAGACGAUGCGGAUGUCCCAUGGCGGCUGCUCCGGCCUCCUACGAUGCGGAAAGGGAACCACUUUUGAGGGAGGUGUCCGAGAGCCUGCCUUGGCUUUCUGGCCAGGCCACAUUGCUCCUGGUGUGACCCACGAGCUGGCCAGCUCCCUAGACCUACUGCCCACCCUGGCGGCCCUGGCCGGGGCCCCGCUCCCCAAUGUCACCCUGGAUGGCGUUGACCUCAGCCCCUUGCUGUUGGGUACAGGCAAGAGUCCCCGGCGGACGCUCUUCUUCUACCCGGCCUACCCAGAUGAGGUCCGAGGGGUCUUUGCUGUGCGCAGCGGGAAGUACAAGGCGCAUUUCUUCACCCAGGGCUCUAUCCACAGCGACACCACUGCGGACCCUGCAUGCCACGCCUCUAGUCCUCUGACUGCCCAUGAGCCCCCGCUGCUCUUUGACCUGUCUGAGGACCCGGGUGAGAACUACAACCUUCUGGGGGGUGUGGCUGAGGUUGCCCCAGAGGUGCUGCAGGUGCUGAAGCAACUUCAGCUGCUCAAGGCUCAGUUUGAUGCUGCCGUGACCUUCAGCCCCAGCCAGAUAGCCCGGGGUGAGGACCCUGCCCUGCAGAUCUGCUGUCAACCCAGCUGCACCCCGAGGCCAUCCUGCUGCCACUGUCCUGAGCUCCAGCCCUGAGAGCACAGGCAGAGGCCAGCCCAGGGCCCUUUGUCCUCCCCCUCUCCCCAGCAUGUGAUGGUUUAUCGCUGUGCUGUGAGUGGAUGAAGGUGGCUCGAGAAUGCCAAUAACACCAGCUGACAC